GCUCUCUCGACAGCACAUGAAUAUGAUUUGGCUGAUAAAGGUCCGAAUGAAAAUCAAAUGAAUAUGAUAGAAACAAUGAGUUGGUUAAUCGAUGCAUAUUUUGAGGAAGGAACAAGCGGUGAGUGGAGGAAAGGUCUGCGUGGUAAGAGACUAUCGAAGGAACUAAGAGCUUCACAAUUGGACAGGAGAGAGGCACUCGCAGCAGGUUCUCGUGAACGUUUGAAACGUUUGAAGCCAUCUUUCAAAAGUAAAUUAAGUCGUGAUUUUGUUCGAUUCAGAGGUUUUGUGAAGAAAACUUAUAUGCGUGACGAAGCACCAGUGAUGCCUAUAGUUUCAGCCGCACCGCCAUCUGAGUUACAUGCUUCAGAAACGGAGAAUGCCGGUAAAAGCGAUCAGCCUUUUAAGAGUUCGCCGACUAAUCAAGCCAAUAAAUGGGUGCACGCAUGUUGUCGCUGUGGUCUAAGUCCUUUACUCAAAGAAUUCUCUGCUUUACGCAAGUAUAUGCCAGACAAUAUCAAAACUGAAGCCUUCAAUAAGAACGCCAAUAAAAAUCGGUUCGUUUCAUGCGCAACAGAACUGAUCGUUUGUGUAAGGCCGAGAACAUUGUAUUCAUUCGAUGUUUCUACAAGUCCGAAGGCAAUAUAG